AAUCUGUCCUUUCAGGUUGAAGACAUGACCUCAGAUCAAAGGAAUGUGGUUGCCUUGGGUCGGCCUUUUGGGUUAGGAAUGCUAUAUGACGCUCGCCAGGAUCAACUGAUCACAGAUUUUACUCUGUGGGACAGAGAAACUAUUCAAAAAUUCACCAUAAGAACAACCCAGAACAGUAGCGAUUAUGAAACUACUGCUUCAGACUCCAUUGAAACCAAGGCUUCUCUGCUGAAGGCUGAUGCGUCUCUGAUGGCCGGUGUUCUGAGUGGUCUGGUUGAAGUUGGAGGAUCUGCCAACUAUCUAAAUGAUAAGAAGAAGUUCAAGAACCAGAGCAGAGUCAUUCUUGAGUACAAAGCAACAACUGCAUACGAACGGCUGGCUCUGAACCAUCAAGAUGCCAAGAAACUGCAAUCUAAAGAUGUUAUUAAAAAUAGCCAUGCAACACAUGUAGUCACAGGCAUCCUUUAUGGGGCGAAUGCUUUCUUUGUGUUUGACAGCGAGAUGUUGGACAGUAGCAGUCUGCACAGCAUGAAGGCAAAAAUGCAAAGUUUAAUAAACAAGAUACCAAAACUGGAUCUUGAAGGAAAUGUUCUCAAACAUCUGCAAGAAGAAGAAAAAAAGGUAAUGGACAAAGUAUCCUGUAAAUUUUAUGGUGAUUUCAUUCUGGAAAAGAACACUACAACAUUUAAAGAAGCAGUAGAUACCUACAGAAAGCUUCCAGCCCUUCUUGGACAAAAUGGAGAGAAAUCAGUUCCUGUUAGAGUCUGGCUGACCCCUCUGAAGAAUCUGGAUCCAGCUGCACCUCAGCUAAAGGGAGACCUUUAUGAGGGUUUACUCAAAAAAGCUGCAAAUGUUCUGGAAGGUAUCAGAGAAAUACAAAUGAGAUGCAAUGAAACCCUGGAAAGGGAAGUCGUGAAAACUUUUCCACCGAUAAACAAAAAGUUGCAAUGCUUCCAACAUCUGUGUGAAGACUAUGUGAAAACAAUCCAACAGACCAUGCAAGAGAAAAUUCCCCUCAUUCGUGAAGGUGAAGAAGAAGAAGAAGAAUGCUUAGAAAAUUUCCUUGAUGAGCAGGAAAAGUCUCCCUUCAGCCAGGACAAUUUAGAGAAGUGGCUUGAUAAUUUAGACAGAGAAAUUAACGUCAUCACAUCCUGUUUAGAUAUUAUGAAGGGAAUCAAGAUCAUCCCAGAAGAGUCAGACUUGGAUAGACAAGUUCUUGGUGUAGAAGAUGCCCUCUGCUUUGUUUUUACCUCAAUUGAAAGUAAUGACCCCUACAUGGACCAGAUGGAUAAUUAUUUUAAAGAAACUCCAACCUGUGUGACUCCACCUUCUAAAGACCAGUGGUUCUUCUCUGGUGAGGUCUUAGAAAACAUCACACAGAAAGCCAACAUGAUCUCAGAAACUGCUAAAGGCCUGAAGAGCAGCAGCAGAUUCACUUUCCUUGUAGCAGCACUGCCAAACGAGGAGUUCAGAGGAGCAACCAUCUACCGUUACAGGAAAGGUGUCUUGAAAACUAAAGACUUCUCAAAACCUGCCAUUCAUCGAGUGAGAAAUGUGACGAAUAAAGAAGAUUUAAUCUGGUACUCCUGUGAUCCUACUUUGGACACAGAAACUGUGAAUGGGUACCUCAUUCUGUCUGAAGGAGACAAGAAGGCAACAUGUGGAGCCUGGCAAAGAUAUCCUAAAACAGAGAAGAGGUUUGAUUCAUAUCCCCAGGUUCUGUGCAGGGAAGGUCUGACAGGGUGUCAUUACUUUGAGGUAGUGUGGAGCAGUGAAAUUACUAAAGAGCUUGGUGUAGGUCUCGCACAUGAAAGCAGUCCAAGAAAAGGAGGGGGUAGACACACUGGAUUUGGAUAUAAUAACGUCUCCUGGUAUUUUGGUGUUAAUGACAAUGUUCUCCGUGCGUGGCACAAUCGUAGUAAGAUGUGGUCUUCUGCUCUUCCUACUGGAUGCAACAGAAUUGGGGUGUAUUUAGAUUGUCCGGGUGGCACUAUGUCCUUCUACCAAGUGUCCUCUGACACUUUGACCCAUCUGUACACCUUUGAGAACCGAUUCACUGCACCACUUUACCCAGGUUUCUACAUCUGGGAAAAAUCUAACUUUGCUGUUUUCUGCCCAGUGUAAGAGGACCAUUGAGUCAGAUACUGUGGAAUUACAUGAACCUGAUGUUUUUACACUUAACAAGGUAACAAGGUCAUAAUCAGAUGAUGGCUAAAAAAGCUAAAGCUUUUGAACUUUCCCAGACCAUCUAAAUGAAGCUUUAGGCAAG